ACGCUUUGAACAGGAAGGUGAACAUCCAUUAUACAUCCCGUCGCCAUCAUCGCGGCGGAACGUGACGAGUUUUUUCUUGAAAAAGUCGUCGUUUUCGACGCGAGGGAGUUUCCUGCUCCCCGAAAAGCUUUAGAGCCCCCUUCGAUUCACCACCCACCUACCCAAAUAUCGGCCCAGAAGAAGUCGUUUGGACACGGUUUCAUUUUUAUUCGUGACAAUAUAAACAUGGCUUUUUAAAAUGUCGGCUCUGAAGUCCACCAUUGUAACGACUCCGCGCGCAGGAGCCCCUGUCUCCGUAAUCAACAAAACUUUGUGGAAAUCUGGCGGAUAUCACCGUCAUGGACAAGAAGGGUGCACGUUCGAUUCAGUCUCAAUCUACCAAAGGGCUGACGGGCGAUUCUAAAAAAUCACAAGAUGGCGUUCCAAGUAAACCUUGGCCAAAAGGUGGUCGCCGUAGGGAACCAUCAGCUGGUACAUACCCUUCAAAAAGUAAUGAUGGAUCUCGCGUUAAACCAGUACCCCAACGCAAUCGCAAUUUCAGUAAUGACAAGCGUCCUCGAUCGCGAGGAUUUUGUAAUCCGUGCUCAUCUGGUGGAAACACGAUGUCCCGGAUAGCGAUGGCUGAUUCUGAUGCGGAAGUCGAACUGGGGUCAGUUUUCGACCGGGGUUGCAAAAAACUAAACGCUAUCGACCUGUGGAAUUUUAAUUAUCGUUCGAGAAACAACGUUCCCAUCAACAACAAUUAUGGAAGAAGCAAGAGUGUCUCUUUCAAGCACAAGUACAGCAAAGAGCAGUUUUUGCAAGCGAAUUGCCAAUUUAUCGUUAAAUCAUCCGCCGAUUAUAGGCAACACAUGUCAAAUGCUGAUAUUUUGGUUGAUUGGGAUUUGAUUGAACAAAUUAAUGUUUCCGGAUCAUUCGAAUGCCCUAUUUGUCUUUAUCCACCUGUUGCUACAAAAAUAACACGCUGUGGACAUGUUUAUUGCUGGUCUUGUAUGUUACAUUAUUUAUCUUUAACAGAUAAAUCUUCUAGACAAUGUCCUAUUUGUUUUGAAUAUGUUCAAAAAAAAGAUUUAAAAAGUGCUUCAAUAAUUCCUCAAAUUCACUACAAAGUAAAUGAUACAAUAACAUUUAAAUUAAUGAAACGUCAAAGAGGUUCUUUAAUUGUUUACAAAGCUGCUGAUACUAUUGACGAAACUAAAACUAUUUUUAAUAUGUCAGAUGAAAAAGUUAACGAAGUUUAUUGCAAACUACUUUUGGCUAACGAACAAGAUGUCAUGUCAAUAAUUGAUCGAGAAAUAACUCAACUAGAAGUUGCUUUGGCCGACGACGAAACUAGCCCUGAAAGGUGUUUUAUCGAAGAAGCAUUACAAAUGUCAAAAGAUAGGGAAAGGGAACUGUUUAAUAAAGUUGGUUUGGAAUGUUUAAAAGAAGAAAUUAAAGACAAAGUAGAUAUGUCUGGUGAAGAAUGUAUGGAGCAGAUUGUUGAAAAUGAAUUGGUUCAUUUAAGACAAAGAUUUGAAAGUUCUAAUAAUAAUGAGGUUGGGGAAAUUGCUUCUGGGGUUAAUGAAGAAUUAAUAGCAACAAAGAACAAUAACAAUAAAGUUGCAAAUAAAAUAUUUUAUUUUUAUCAAGCUUCCGAUGGUCAACAUAUUUAUAUUCAUCCAGUUAAUGCAAGGAUGUUAGAACACACUUAUGGAUCUUUAGAAUUUGCUCCACACGAAAUUACUGGAAGAAUCUUGGAGAAAGAGGAAAUUGUAAUGAUGGAUGAUAUAAGAAAUCGCACAAGAUAUUUGCAGCAUCUCCCAUUAACUUGUCAUUUUGUAAGGGCUGAGAUACAAUUAAAAUAUCCAGUCGUUUCAAAAGAAACUUUAAAAUAUUUUCAAGCUGAAUUAGAUAAUAGAAAACGAGACAGAAAAUACAAAGCGCGUGAAGAGAAACGUUCCGAAGAACUUUGGGUACAAGAAGAGAAUCGAAUUAUGGGAAAAAUUCCGGAAGCAAACAUUUGCUUGACAUCAUCAGAAGAAUUUCCGAAUUUUUCAGACGCAAUGGCGAUUAUAGCAGCUGAAAUGGCUAUGUCGCCUAGUACAAGAACGUCAAUUUCUGAAACAUAUUCGUCCACUCCUCCAGAAAGCUCCUUAAGUAUGGUUGGUUCUUUGGAAAAAGAAUAUGCUGGACCAUCAUUUGCUAAAAUGCUUUCCACUGCAAAGAAACAAACAAAUCCAACUGUACCUAUUGAGAUAAAUAAAGAUAAAAAUAAAGAAUCGGUUCGGUUAAUAAAUGUAACAGGAUCGAAACAAUCUUCAAAAUUUAAGUUAAAAGCUGGACGGCGAGAUUCUGAUUCUGAACCGGAAGUUGAAGGAUAUACUCCGGCUCCGCGGUCAAGUGCAAUGUUGGCUGACGCUUUAUCUGCGGCUCUUGAAAAAGUUUCAGUUGGAAAUAAUGAUGAUGGAAAAAACUUGCAAUCGGGGAAGAAAAAGAAGAAAAACAAACAAAAGUUGUUAUACACAACCAGCCGCGGAGGUUUCUUUUAAUACAAAUGUAUUUUAGGUUUCUUUUUAAUUUACUUGCUUUCAAUCCAAUGUAUGUAUAAAAAAAAAUAGUAACGUAAUUUUUAUUUAAUGAGCAUUAAGAGUUUAAUAUUUUUUGGUUUGUUAUUAAAUAAAACAAAAUAUUUAUUAUUAUGAAAAAAUGAAUGGUCAAUAAAAUCUAACAUCAUAACACGA